GUUAUUGUAGUUUGUUGACAUCUUUGUCUGCAGCUAAUAACAGCUUUUAUUUAAAACGAUUUUAACGUUUUAGUUUCAUUUUAAAUUUCGCGCUUGUAAUUUUUACAUUUUUACAUUCAUCAUGGUUGAAAUUGGUGCCUCAAACGGACAAGACCUGCCUUCAGUCAUCACGAAACAGAAGAGAUUGGUACAAACCGAAGCCAACGGACAUUCCAAUGGGGUUGUUAAUGGACAAAAUGGAUAUGAAGUGGUACCAAGUAAGACACUAUCUCUACCGAAAUGCCAUUGCGUUAAAGGUGAUGAAAAAUGUUCCUACCACGAAAGUAAAAAGUCAGUACCUACCAGAGAAGCCCUAAUUCCUGAAAUGGUCAAUGUUUACAGAACUCUACUAUCAUCCCUCGGUGAAAAUCCUGACAGAGAAGGCUUGCUAAAAACUCCAGAAAGAGCAGCCAAAGCAAUGUUGUAUUUUACUAAAGGAUAUGACCAAAGCUUGGAAGAAAUUCUCAAUGAUGCUAUUUUCGAUGAAAACCACGAUGAAAUGGUGGUAGUAAAAGACAUAGAAAUGUUUUCCAUGUGCGAACACCACUUAGUACCAUUCUACGGAAAAGUUUCCAUUGGAUAUUUGCCUUCAGGAAAAGUGUUGGGCCUUAGCAAAUUAGCCAGAAUCGUCGAAGUAUAUUCCAGAAGGCUUCAAGUACAGGAACGACUAACCAAACAAAUUGCUGUGGCUGUUUUGAAAGCUGUACAACCAACAGGAGUUGCAGUUGUAGUUGAAGGAUCUCAUAUGUGCAUGGUAAUGAGAGGAGUACAAAAAAUCAACAGCAAAACAGUGACAUCAACCAUGUUGGGGGAAUUCAGAGACAACCAAAAAACAAGGGAAGAAUUCUUGAAACUCGCGCUGAACCAUUAAGGUUAAUUUAGGUGUUAAUUUUAUUUAUUUUUUAAAAUUUAAAAUUUUAACACUUGAAGUGUUGAUAGAGAAAGAAAUGGCCAGAUAUUCUGGCUAAUCCUCUAACGGUCUUUUGUUCAUAUUUUUGUAAUUUAAAUUCUAAGGUAUUACGAAAACUCUGUGGUAUUAUUUAGUUAAAGUUAAAUGUGCUCAAGUAGUUUUAUUUUCAAGUAUUUUUAAGUAGGUUUAAGUAAACUUUUGUGUUUUUUGUUAUGAUGUGAUAUAUUUAUUCUUGUAAUAAAUCAGUAGUAUUAAGAUGAUAAA